AUGAGGCUUGCUUCAUUCUUCUCCCUUGUCCUCCUCAGCGAGGCAGUCGGCCGUGUCUCAGGCAACAGCUGUCUGGACCGGGUCUCCGCGAACACGAUGGCGGUGUUCAGCGGCGCGCCGUUCGCGCUGGCUCCCCGGUACGACAACGGGUCGGCCUGCGCCGGCUACUGCGACGGCCUGGCGGAGUGCCACGCGUGGUUGUACAGCGCGCGAGGCGGCGACUGCCAGCUCUACAAGAAGACCGCCCUUUCCACGUUCCCGUCCCAGCAUUUCAUGUAUGGUGUCUGCGGUGGUGGUGGUGGUGGUGGUGGUGGUGGUGGUGAUGGUGGUGGUGAGAGCCGUCGCCUGCCGUCGGCGACGGCUGCUUCUGUCACUGCCAGUUCAGCCGUUGUCGGGGUGGUUGGGUCGCCUACGAGCUCUGAUAGCGGCAUUCCCACGCCGGCGGCGUUUUUAGUGGCGAGUGGUAUCAGCAAUGGUCAUGCUUUGAGUUUUAGUCUGAGAUCUUGGAUACUAAACGCUUCGCGCAGAGAAAGCACCUCGAUAACCACCGUCAUCACCACCAUGGUCAUCGCCAUUGAGAUCUAG